UCCCUAUGUUCCAAAUCACUUCCCAGAAAAUCCACACAAACCCAGAUGUCAAAAUCGCAUUUUUUUCUCCUGCUCCUUCUUUCUAUCCCCUUCUAGCUCCUGUCUUAUUUGCUUCAACCCCAAAAUCUAAAAUAACGAUGAUGGGUAUGUUUCGCAGGUACAUAAAUUCUCUGAAAAUCCCUUCCUUCUCAUCCCGCACCCACCAUUCUUCUCACAUAUUCAGAAACAAAGUUUUGCCACAAACUGAAACCACUCUUCAAUCUACAAGGUUUUCACCCUUUCAUUACCUUGCCUAUUGCCAAAGGCCAUUGUUUUAUGAUAAUACUCAUUGUUUGCAUUUCAUUCAGUAUUCGUUGCCCUUGAACUAUUAUAUUGCUUGUCAUAUUUCUAGGCGACAUUAUUGUUCAGAAACUGUUUCCAUGAACCAAGGUCAUGGUUGUAGCGAGAGUGGUGUUGUGGAGGUUAAUGGUUUAGAAAGUGAUGUUGAUAAGGUGUAUAGUACUAUAGUGGAUAAUUUAAAUGGAUUUAGCAAUUUGGAGAAAGCACUUGGCGAAUUGGGGAUCCCAUUGUCCACUCCUUUGGUUACUGGGGUGCUGCAUAGGCUUAGAUAUGAUGAAAAAAUUGCAUUUAGGUUCUUCACUUGGGCUGGUCAUCAAGAGGAUUAUUCACAUGAGCCUUGUGCUUAUAAUGAUAUGAUGGACAUCCUAUCUAGUACAAGGUACAAGGUAAAACAGUUUCGAAUAGUUUGUGAUAUGCUGGAAUAUAUGAAGAGGAAUAACAAGACAUCGGUUCCGCGUGAAGUUCUCUUGACGAUUUUGAGAAAGUAUACUGAGAAGUAUCUUACUCGUGUGCAAAAGUUUGCGAAAAAGAAGAGGAUAAAGGUGAAGACGCCACCGGAAAUAAAUGCAUUUAACUUGCUGCUGGAUGCUCUGUGCAAGUGUUGCUUGGUUGAGGAUGCUGAAACUCUAUAUAAGAAAAUGAGAAAAACGGUCAAGCCUAAUGAGGACACGUAUAACAUAUUGGUUUUUGGGUGGUGUAGGGUUAGAAACCCAACAAGAGGGAUGAAACUAAUGGAAGAAAUGGUUCAACUGGGUCAUAGGCCAGACAAUUUUGCGUACAACACUGCUAUCGAUACCUACUGCAAAGCUGGUAUGAUAACAGAGGCAGUAGAUCUUUUUGAGUUCAUGAGGACGAAAGGUUCAACUUUGUCUUCUCCAACUGCCAAGACUUAUGCAAUUAUAAUUGUGGCUCUUGCCCAAAAUGAUAGAAUGGAGGAGUGUUUUAAACUUAUAGGGCAUAUGAUUAGCAGUGGCUGCCUUCCUGAUGUCACAACAUACAAGGAAAUAGUUGAUGGAAUGUGUGUGAGUGGAAAGAUAGAUGAAGCUUACAAGUUCUUGGAAGAGAUGGGAAACAAAGGUUACCCACCAGAUGUUGUUACUUAUAAUUGUUUUCUCAAGGUGCUUUGUGACAAUGAGAAGUCUGAGGAAGCCCUUAAACUAUAUGGAAGGAUGAUUGAAUUGAGUUGCAUUCCUAGUGUCCAGACAUAUAAUAUGCUGAUGUCAAUGUUUUUUGAGAAGGAUGAUCCUGAUGGGGCGUUUGAUACAUGGCAGGAAAUGGAAAAUAAAGGUUGCAAACCGGACACUGACACGUACUGUGUGAUGAUUGAGGGGCUAUUUAAAUGUAAUAAAAUAGAAGAUGCUUGUUUUCUUUUGGAAGAAGUGAUAAACAAGGAAAUAAAAUUGCCAUAUAAAAAGUUUGACUCCUUUUUGAUGCAACUGUCAGUGAUUGGUGAUCUCCAGGCCAUUCAUAGGCUCUCAGAACAUAUGAGGAAAUUCUAUAAUCAUGGAAUGGCAAGGCGUUAUGCACUAAGUCAGAAGCGAAAGAGCAUGAGUUUAAGAGGGAAAUAAUAGUUAGAAAUUUCUUUGUUGAGUUUGUGCUACUUGUCUGGAAUUCACUAUUCAAAAUACUGUCCUCAAGCUUGCCCUGCAUCACAUAUUGGACUACUUUGUGAUGAUAACUGGUUGCAUCUCUGAACAUGUUCUAUCAAUCAUGCCAUCUGCUGCUGAUAAUUUUUGUACAAAAACUUCAAAAGGUGGGGAAAAUCCGUAUUUUUAAUGAUAUCAUCGCAUGUGGGGGUGGAGGAUGUGCACUUUUGCAUGAUGGUAAACUUUGUUAUCUAGUCAAGAAUCUUCUAAUUACUUCAGCACGAAGCCAUUUAUGAGAUUUACCUUGCAUUUUGGGGGGCAUAGUUUGUUUUGACUUUUUCAACUAUCUAACUGUAUCAUUGUUGUAACCAAUUAAAGGGUUAGAAAGAGACCAAGAAGGAUAUUGAAGGAAAAUAUUAAAGAAAUUUCUUGAUGAAUAUUUUUUUUAGAAUUUGAUUUUUAAUGGAGUACAAUGACAUCGUGUGAUCCUUGCAACUGAUUUUACCUAAUAAAAUGAGGAUAUUGUUGUUGUAAAUGGACUUUUGGGACAUAUAUGUCAAAAUUUCUAACAGGCUCCUUGGUGCUGGAAAACAUAUUUUGUACAAGCAUGUACACUUGGUUGAUGGACAUGUAUUCUUUGCUGGAAAACAUAUAAUAGCAGUUUCUCGUAUAUGCAGCAUACAGUUAUUUUAUGUGUAUCAUGUUGUAUUCAAAUCCAUAUAUGGAUUGCAAGUUCAAGAAGAAUAAGCACUAGUGGAAUGAGUUAUGAAUUAUGAUUAUGUCUAUUAUGUUCUUCUCUUGUUUAAUUGUUUCGUAUCUAUAAUCUGAUGGUUCCUAGAAAAAUGUUAAUUUUUUAAUCAGAGUAAUAUGAUUAACUAAAUGGAAAGUAUGCAAUUUGAGUCAUGGAAAUGGUUUCAUGAUCUGGAUUGCAUAUGUAUAGACAUAACUACAUAACACACUGCAGAUUAGUGAGUCACGUGAAAUGAUAGAUGAAGAUGAAAACUGUUAGCUGGAGUUAUAUAUAUUUUCCAAAUUUUUAAUAUCUAGGAAGAAACAGUAAAUGUAGGAUGUUAUUAAUGAUGUUUUGGGGGCAUGUAUUUGACUAUAUUCUUUUGAUCAAGUCUUCUGAAAUUAUUUGUUUGGUUGAGAUCAUAUGUAAAGCAAUCUGCAAAAGAGAUUGUGGAAUCGGAUGACCUUUAGUCAAUACCAACCAUAUGUAAAGCAAUACUAUGUUAUUAAGUCUCCUCCUCCCUCGCUAAUUCUCCUUGCUCUUGCUCACUAAAGUUUGCUAGUUUCGCUCCUUGGGCUCAUUCUUUCUCUGGUUUGUCUCUCUCACUCUGAUCUCUGCAUAUUUUACUUGGGCUUGUUGAUUUAGGUUUGGUCCUAGGAUUUGUUGAUUUGUUUGUUUGAUUUUGCUUUUUUGGUAAGCUGGAUUUUUAUUUGUGUUCUUCUACCAUAACUAUUUUAGUGUUUUUAAACUCUCAAGCAUAUGAAUUGAUAAGGCUCCUUAGGAUGCUUGCUUGCAAUUAUGACUUAAUAUUGCUAUGCCUUUGAACUGUGUGGCAUUGAAUGGUAGCUUGUAAAGCUUUGUGCCACUUAUGGUGUUCUAGGGCUCCAUCUUGAUGACCUGAUUGCAAGUGCGAGUUAUCAUGAGCUUAUUAUUAACUUUU